GGGGGAGCGGCGGGCGCGGGGCUGGGGAGGCUGACGCGUGUACUGCCCCGCACGGCUCCGGCAGCCGGAAUGGCCUCCAAGCUGCUGCGGGCCGUGGUGCUGGGACCCCCCGGCUCGGGCAAGGGGACCGUGUGCGAGAGAAUCGCCCGCAGCUUCGGGCUCCAGCACCUCUCCAGCGGGCAAUUCCUGCGGGAGAGCCUCGACGGCGGCGACGAAGUUGGUGUCUUGGCAAAGCAGUACCUUGAACGAGGCCUUCUGGUGCCCGACCACGUCAUCACGCGCGUGAUGAUGACGGAGCUGGAGAAGCGGCGGGAGCAGCACUGGCUGCUCGAUGCCCCUUUACAUUGUGGUGACUACACAGGUUUUCCUCGCACACUGGGACAAGCCAAGGCGCUGGACAGGAUCUGUGAGCUGGACCUGGUGAUCAGCUUGAACAUUCCCUUCGAGACGCUGAAAGAUCGUCUGAGUGCCCGCUGGGUCCACCCGGGCAGUGGGAGGGUCUACAACAUGGACUUCAACCCCCCCCAUGUCCAGGGCAUCGAUGACCUGACGGGAGAGCCCCUGGUGCAGCGCGAGGAUGACAGACCCGAGGCUGUGGCUGCCAGGCUCAGAAAGUACAAAGAUGCUGCAAAGCCUGUAAUAGAGUUGUACAAGAGCAGAGGCAUCCUUCACUCCUUCUCGGGCACUGAGACCAACAAAAUCUGGCCCUAUGUGUACACCCUGCUGUCCAGCAAGAUCCCACCUGUUCUCUCGGACGAGGAGAACUAAACACUUGUGCCAAGGACCAGGAGUUCACUCCACCAUGGAUUUGGUUCCUCUGUGCAGUGCCAGGGCUGUGCUCAGAUUAGGUGAUGGUGUACUGGGUGCCAUUGGUGGGUGCCAGUAUAGCCAGUGUCAGGGUGAAAAGAUCUUUGUUUAAAAGGUCAGAUUUGUUAGAAUAAGGGUUUUUUUCCUCUUUUGAGGCUAUAAAUUAUUCCUGCCUAUGGUCCAUCAUGGAUCAGUGAUGCAGACCCAGGUAGUGAUCAUUCCAGGUUUACACAGCUUGCCAUGGUGUCCUUGCCACCCCUUUCCAACCCCCAGUCCCUGUUUGAGCCUAUAAUGUGCCAUCCUGUUGCUCCACAGGACUAUUUACUGCUGAGUACUCUCUAGGUUGAGUUUUCUUUCCUAUAAAUUAUUUUACAUUAAAUUUAUUUCUUAGAGAAAUAAAGCUCUAGAAAGCAACACUUAGCCCAGUGGGAACUGGGGAGCAACAUGGAAAACAUGUAUACUACAAAGCUCAGAGAUGUGAAGAUCACAUUUCCAGCAUUAAUAUACAUAAAAGAGGGAAAACAUUGGAGGAAAAAUACACACUUGUACUCCUUCCAUAGAGAGAGAUGAAUUCCAUUUUAUAAAAAGCUGCUGUACAGUCUGGUUUUUUGGAAUGCUGUGAGUGAGCAGGAUCUGGGCUGGGAAUGAGUAGCACUCCUUACCUUGUUUAUGGCUUUUAAUACUACAAGAUAGUCAUGUUAUAAGAGUUUCUCCUGAAGAUUUAUGUGUGCUUCAGUUUUGGGGAGAAAUCAACUCAUUCCAUCUUCUGUGCUGCCUUUGUCCCUGAGGUCUCCUGGCCAUGGGGGUUCCCUAAGCUGUUCCUGCUGUGGCUGCAGCAUCCCCGGCUAAAUGACUCCCUAUCCAUAAAAUCCCAGAGAUCCUUCUUUUCUUGGGAUGCAUCCAGGGGCUGCUGAGGUGUUUCCCCAUGAUUUACAGCACCAUUGGAGUGUGUUGGGGCCAGGCAGAGUCACUUUUCUCAACUGGAAGUACUGUCACCCUCUUUGGUGGUGGGAUGCAGUACCUAAGCAAUGGGGACAUUCCCCUUGUCUCCUCAAGUUGCCUUAUUUUAUAGCCUAUAUAUUUAAGAAAAAAAAAAAGCAAGAUGUGUAUUUUUAAAGGUUUAAAACAAACAAAAAGC